AUGCUGCGAACCCACCUUUGCCAAUGCAGUAGACGCCUCGCCUCCACCACCUCCUCCUCUUCACCUUCAUCAUCCACCCGCGCCUUCUCCUCCCUCACACAACAUGCGCCGCGGAGACAUACGGUGAAGGUCGGCCGCUCAUCCUCCACUGCCUUCACAUCGCAACAACACCGAAGCUAUGCCGUCGCCGCCGAGGACACAGACAAGGGUGUGGACCCAUCAGAUUCCUUCCUCUCCGGCAACACGGCCAACUAUGUCGACGAGAUGUACAUGUCGUGGAAGCAGGACCCCUCGUCCGUGCACGUGUCAUGGCAGGCCUACUUCCGCAACAUGGAGAGCGGCGACAUGCCCACCAGCCGCGCCUUCACUCCACCUCCCACCAUCGUCCCGCAGGUCGGCGGCGUCGUGCCUUCCACUAUCCCUUCGGCUGGACCCGGCGCGGCAACGGGUCAAGGUAGUGAUGUGAUGACGCAUCUGAAGGUGCAGCUGCUCGUGCGGGCGUAUCAGGCACGAGGCCACCACAAGGCGAAUAUUGAUCCGCUGGGUAUUAAGAAUGAGAGUGCAAACUUUCGCUUCAGCAAUCCGAAAGAGCUCGAUCCCAAGAACUACCAGUUCACCGAGGCGGAUUACGAUAAGGAGUUUGAGCUGGGGCCGGGUAUCUUGCCAAGAUUCAAGACGGACGGGAGGGAGAAGAUGACGUUGAGAGAGAUUAUUGAGGCUUGUGAGAUGAUCUACUGUGGACCGAUUGGAAUUGAGUACAUCCAUAUCCCCGACCGCGAGCAGUGCGACUGGUUACGACAGCGUGUAGAAGUUCCGGCGCCUUACAGAUACUCUGUCGACGAAAAGCGACGCAUCCUGGAUCGUCUUAUCUGGUCUUCUUCUUUCGAAUCCUUCCUAGCUACCAAGUACCCCAACGACAAGCGCUUUGGUCUGGAAGGUGGCGAGUCUUUGAUUCCAGGCAUGAAGGCUAUGAUUGAUCGCUCGGUCGACUACGGCGUCAAGGACAUUGUCAUCGGUAUGCCACACCGAGGUCGUCUGAACGUGCUCUCCAACGUCGUCAGGAAGCCCAACGAGUCCAUCUUCUCUGAGUUCGGUGGGUCGGCUGAGCCUACUGACGAGGGUUCUGGUGAUGUCAAGUACCAUCUCGGCAUGAACUUCGAGCGGCCUACGCCUUCUGGCAAACGUGUGCAACUGUCUCUGGUCGCCAACCCUUCGCAUUUGGAAGCUGAAGAUCCUGUCGUACUUGGCAAGACUCGUGCUAUCCUCCACUACAACAACGACGAGGAACACGCUGACACCGCACUGAGUGUCCUACUUCACGGCGAUGCUGCUUUUGCUGGCCAAGGUGUUGUGUACGAGACCAUGGGCAUGGCUGCUCUACCUGCUUACCAGACUGGUGGUACUAUCCAUUUGAUCGUCAACAACCAGAUCGGCUUCACUACCGACCCUCGCUUCUCCCGCUCAACACCCUACUGCUCCGAUCUUGCCAAGUUUGUCGACGCACCCGUCUUUCACGUCAACGGUGAUGAUGUCGAGGCUGUCAACUUCGCCUGCCAACUCGCUGCCGACUGGCGUGCACAGUUCAAGAAGGAUGUAGUAAUCGACAUGGUCUGCUACCGCAAGUCGGGACACAACGAGACGGAUCAGCCUUCCUUCACUCAACCCCUGAUGUACAAGAAGAUCAACGCCCAGCCACCUACUAUCGAUGUCUACACCAAGGCACUCCUCGACGCCAAGACCUUCACGAAAGAGGAUAUUGACGAGCACAAGAAGUGGGUGUGGGGUAUGCUCGAAGAAUCGUUCGCACGAUCAAAGGACUACCAACCCACCGCCAAGGAAUGGCUGACUAGUGCCUGGAACGGUUUCAAGUCGCCCAAGGAACUAGCUACGGAAGUCCUGCCUCAUCUACCCACUGCUGUCCCACAAGAAGAGCUCAAGCGUAUGGGCGACAUCAUCGGCACUCCUCCGGAAGGGUUCAAUGUCCACCGCAACCUAAAGCGAAUCCUGGCGAACCGCAGCAAGACUGUCAACGAGGGCAAGGGCAUCGACAUGUCGACCGGUGAGGCCUUAGCCUUUGGUACGCUAUGUGAGGAGGGUCAUCACGUGCGUGUUUCUGGUCAAGAUGUCGAGCGUGGUACUUUCUCCCAACGCCAUGCGGUGCUGCACGACCAGGAGAAUGAGGAGACAUAUACCCCACUCAAGCAUGUGGCGAAGAGCGGAGAGCAGGGUUCUUUCGUCAUUUCGAAUUCCAGUUUGAGCGAGUAUGGUGUGCUUGGAUUCGAGUACGGCUACUCCCUUUCCUCCCCGUCGGCCCUGGUCAUCUGGGAAGCGCAGUUCGGUGAUUUUGCAAACAACGCUCAAUGUGUCAUCGAUCAGUUCAUCGCAUCUGGCGAAGUGAAGUGGCUGCAGCGAUCUGGUCUUGUGGUCAACCUUCCUCACGGCUAUGAUGGGCAGGGUCCCGAGCACAGCUCUGGCAGGAUGGAGCGAUUCUUACAGUUGUGCAACGAGGACCCACGUAUCUUCCCUGCACCGGAGAAGCUGGAGCGCCAGCACCAGGACUGUAACAUGCAAAUCACCGUCUGCACUACUCCAUCAAAUGCGUUCCAUAUCUUACGACGACAGAUGAAUCGACAGUUCCGCAAACCUUUGGUCCAGUUUUUCAGCAAGUCUCUCCUCCGCCACCCUCUCGCGCGCUCCAACAUCGAGGACUUCACAGGCGAAAGCCAUUUCCAAUGGAUCAUUCCCGACCCCGCGCAUGAGAAGGACGGUCUGGCUGGCUACGAUCUUCAGAUCCAGCCGAAGGAGGAGAUCAAACGUGUCAUUCUCUGCUCUGGUCAAGUCUUCACGGCGUUGUUCAAGUACAGGAAAGACAACAAUCUCACCGACACAGCCAUCACCCGUAUCGAACAACUCAACCCGUUCCCUUGGGCCCAGUUAAAGGAGAAUCUAGAUGGGUACCCCAACGCUGAGACGAUCGUCUGGUGUCAAGAGGAGCCAUUGAACGCCGGCGCUUGGUCCUUCACACAGCCUCGUAUCGAGACACUGCUCAAUAAAACCGAGCAUCAUGAUCGCAAGCACGUGAUGUAUGCGGGACGUAACCCCAGUGCGUCGGUGGCUACGGGAUUGAAGGGCACGCAUUUGAAGGAGGAGGGAGAGCUGUUGAGCCAUGCCUUUAGCGUUAAGCAGGAGAAGCUGAAGGGGGAGUAG